UGAUUUGAUUUGAUUUGUGUCCAAAAUUGUGUCAUUACAAAGAAAUGGUAAUCUAUCUAGUUAUGCCUCAUAAAGUUUUACAUGACAUAAGAGUCAAUUGAGGAGGAGAGUUUUGAAGGAAGUAGGGAGGGAGGGGAGGACAGACAGUCCCACAAUUCAGUCUGUUCUCCUCCCUCCUCCUCCUUGCCCUGAGAAGUUAUUUUCACCAGUACCCCUCUCCCCCCAAAACAUCCAUUCUGGUCCAACGCUGAGGCAGGGGGUGUGGUGUUAGGGCUGAGCACUCCCAUGUGAAAGUCUGAGGAAGAGGAGAGAGUGGGACAGGGGUACUGAACACUGAACAUCGAAGGGAAACGCAAGUCUUCAUCACGUGCUGCAAACAGCUGCUGCGUUGUCCCCUAAGACACACAGACAGAACCCAGAGAACAGGUAGGUCUGUGACACUUUCACUCUAACUCCCCUGCUGUCUCUUCUAUCUCAAUUCCUGUAACAGCCUUCCCACUGGGCAGAAACUGGUUGAAUCAACAUUGUUUCCAUGUAAUUUGUCGACGUAUUGUGACGUAGAAUCUACGUGGAAAAUAUAUGGAUUUUAAAAAGUCAUCAACGGUUUUGAGGGUGAAAUUUCAACCACAGGAUUAUGUCAUCAUGGUAUCCAAAUUUCAACAUAGAAAAACCUUGUAUAAAAUAUGUUGAAUAUGUACCUUUAAAACAACGUCAGAUCGUCAACGUUACAUCCGCUAUCAUAAAAAAACUAUAGGCUAGGAAGCACCUCUUACUGGAGAAUGUAUAUAUCUACAGUUACAGUACCCUUCGGUCUCCCAUCCAGGGUUUUAACCAAGCCCAGCCCUGCUUAGCCAUGAUAUGUCACGGAAGUGUCACUGAUUAUUACCAAUGUGGUACGGUGAGAAUAAUUGUUGCGAGAUCUCCACUUAAACAUUAAAUAGAUUCACUGUUGCUAUCGAAGUCAUUCCAAAGGGUAGGUUUAACAGAGCAAAUGAAAUGUGACCAUACUUUAUCACUCAUAUAUCAUGAAUGAUGCUAUUUAGUAGCAUUUAAAGUGGAUUUAAACUUUGAUUUGAUUUAGUCCUAUUCUUUAACAUUUUACUGCAGUGGGCUAAACCAGGGUCACACAUAGUGAUUUUUGGUAGUCUUCAACAAAUCAAAAAUAUAUAUAUAUAUUUUUUGGGAUUAAAAGUGUACACCUCACCCACAUGGUUAUGGGCUUAAAAAAAGGGACACCUGUACCAUGUCAGAUAUAGAGUUCAAAUGUAUUACAUACUUUACACUUUAUAUACAUCACAGAAGACUGAAAUAUAACAAAACUGUUUGACAUAGAAACACCAGAUUUUCGUGGUAUUUUUUAAAAUAUUUAUUAAUGAUAAAAUUAUGAGAAAUAUGUAUAACAUUCCACCCAUGAGGCCAAAGAGGGUGCUUUUGGUCAUUGACUGCAGGAAAGCUAACUUAGAUGUGUGGUUGAGAGGGAGAUGUGAAUCCAAUAUAUCAAUUAUUAAUUUAUAAACAAACUGGAAUUAAAGCCAGACUAAGUCAGUGGGACAGAUGGAAAAUAAAUCUCCAUCAAUUGUUGAUAUUUGGUUGCGUUGACAACCAAAUACAAUUCAAUAUUACUUUUUUAAUACAGUAAAUAGCCUAAAGUUAAGGCUAUCUUGCAAACUAAUGUAACAUUCAACCUUAAAAUGAGUAACACAUCCAUGGUCACAUUUUGAGGUUACUGUAACUAUACAUUUCUUAUUUUGUAAUCAUAUAAAGCAUGCAUGUUCAAGAUAGCAUGCAUAGGUCAUCGCAGGUCUAUGGAGAUAUUCACAAUUGCUGUAAUAAUCUGUGCAGUAUUUCAAACGUUAUUGAUCACUUGCACCACGUCAUUUGGUUCUGCUAUUAGAUGAAGCACAGUGAUAAACAAAAUAUCUGACAUUGUAUUCGCAUUUGAACUUGGUUGAAAGCGCAGUGAUAGACAUUUGCAUGACAACGAAACCAAACAUCAGACAUUGUUUUUCCAUUGGAAUUUGGUUGCGCUUUUAGAUGGUUGAAGGCAUCGUGAUAACACAUUGGAAAUUCAGCAAACUUUUGGCUCUCUUUUUGAGUGGGUGAAAAUAGGUUGUAAUCUCACUGAUCAAAGUCUCAACCCAAUUAUCCAUGUUAAAAUGACGUGGUGUGCCCAGUAGUUUUAUCUUCCUCUAAAUGAUUUGACGUUAUGCUUCAUGUACUGUAUGUAUAGUUACUGUUUGGAUAUUUAUGUCAGUCUGUGCGUCUGUAUUUCUAUUUUUCCUCUUUCUCUGUACUUGUGCAAAUUUCAUGGAUGAUUGAUGUUAAAAUGAGCGAAGCUACAAUACUAUAUUUGUACAUGUUUUAUACUGUUUGUGUGCUGCUCUAGGCCGGUUGCUGAGAGAAUAAGAACGGCACUUCAGUAUUAAAUCAAACAGUUCUCUAGAGGAGCAUGACUCCAUCACUGUUUAUAUUCAGAUUACUGAACAGACUACAGGUUGAACAGAUGAUGUUAUGCGUUUACAUUAUGACAACUCUGCUCUUUGCACAUCACUGGGAGUUGAAACUUAAAUGCCAAUGCUGCCUAACCUUGUUAGUUUUAUGAAGGUAAUUAUAAACUAGCUUUUAUGAAUGAUGGUAUGUACUGAUAAUGGUUACUGUAGAUAGGUGUAUCCCUCUCCUCCCCACACACCUACACAUAUUUUUAUCUCUAGCGCACACGCACACGCACACGCAUGCACACACAGGGUGGCAGGUAGCCUAGCGGUAAGAGUGUUGGGCCAGUAACCAAAAGGUCGCUAGUUUGAAUCCCUGAGCAGACAAGUUGAACAUUCUGGUGAUGUGCCAUUGAGUAAGGCAUCUAAACUAUAUGUAACAAGAAUUAUUCAGAAAUGCAGCAAAUUGCUUCAAUAGCCUUUUUUUUCUAUAUUUUCGCAUAUAGUAAUUUACUUGUGAAAAAUAAAAAGUUUAAACAAAAAAGCAAAAUUCCAGGGCUGCAAUAAUAACUAAAAAAAAACCAUCAACAACAUGUAUAGUAUAAUCACUCAUACUGUACAGUACUGUGAGGGUUCUAGUUCUCCCUCUCUCCUGCAUUUGGCCACAAGUUUUCAUCAACAUCACAUCUUAUUUCUUCUCUGGCGAUGCAUCUUGGAAAGUAUCUUCUGGAAUGUCUAAUCCAACCCUGCAGUCUUCAGGAGAAGUGUCUCCACACCCUGCAUUCAUGGCAUCCAGUAAGGACAUCUGGUCAUGUGGAUGGUGGUCAUAAACCUUCCAACUCCACGCAGAGAAAACUCCUCUAUGGGGUUUAGGAAGGGGGAGUAUGGAGGCAGGAAUAGUACUGACAUCCUGGGAUGUGCAGCAAACCAGUCUGUGACUGCAGCAGAGUCCCACACAACAACGAAGGUAGGGAAGUUUCUUGCCCCUCUCUCCUCCGCUGGCACAAGUCGAUUAUGCAGGUCAUCCAGAAAAGAAAUGAGCCUCUCUGUAUUGUAGGGGCCAAUGAGUGGUUUGUGUAACAGAAAACCAUCAUUGGACAGUGCUGCACACAUUCUGAUGUUAGCUCCUCUCUGGCCUGGGACAUCCACGGUUGCUCUCUGUCCAAUCACAUUUCUUCCUCUGCGGUGUGUUCAGCCCCCUGUAGUCAAUGCAUGGUCUCAGUCCUCCAUCUUUUUUAGCCACGAAGAAGAAGCUGGCUGGGGCAGGAGAGGUAGAGCGUCUGAUGAACCCCUGUGUCAGGGUCUCCGCCACAUACUUCUCCAUGGCCUCAGUCUCCGCCAUGGAAAGGGGGUAAAUGCAACUCUUCGGGGGGUGUUGUCCCUCCAGCAGGUCAAUGGCGCAGUCCCAGGGCCUGUGAGGAGGGAAACAUGUAGCCUUAGAUGAAGAGAAGACAUCGGAGAGAUCUGCAUACUCAUGUGGAAUGUUGGGCUGGAGGGCGGACUCCGGACUCUCCACUGACGUGGAACAACAAACCACCGGCAGGCAGGUCUUCCGGCAUGAGGUAGACCAGGCUGUGACCCUCUUGGUGAUCCAAUUGAUGGUGGGGUUGUGUAGUCUGAGCCAGGGCAAUCCCAAGACCAUCCGGUGAAGGGGUGACCUGACGAUGUGGAAUGACAGCUCCUUGUGGUGCUCCGGUAGUGUGGGAAUGGUGAUGGUGAUGGGGAGAGUGACGUGCGUAAUGGUGCCUGACCCAAGGGGUUGAUUGUCUAAUGAGGUGACGUGGUCAGAUGGAUAUGCCCCAGGGUGACGCGCCAGAUAAAGUGACACUUGUAGCAGGAAGCCUCUACAUUUAGUAGUUUUACCGUCAAAGCACUCCGGUAGGGCAAGGGUUCCCGCAGAAGUGGGUGAUAGCCCGGGGACAGGUGGAUUGGAGGCACUCGCCCCUCCCUGAGGUAGAACUGGAGCGCUGGGCAGAUUAUGCAGAGUUUGGAGUACUUCCUGCAUGGCGACGUUCAACUGGGCAAGCUGCUGCUGGUGCUGGUCGAGGCACUGGGAAACUCCUGCCGCCUCCAUUUUCGUUUGGUGUGUGAUUCUGUGACGAGUACUGAGGGUACGAAGAGGCAGGACGCAGACGCAGGAAUUAACAUGGUCAAGGUUUACUCAAACAAUGACAAAGAGAAUUAACAAAGUGAGAGUACAUGACCAAAGCAAAAACAAUCACAUACAACAUAUUACAGAACAGUCCAGGGAUAAAUAGGGGUGGUGAUUAGGGUGCAUUGGGUUUCCAUUCUAGUGUUGCCGAGGUGGUGCACUCAGACCGGUGGCUCAGUAGACCCGCGAAUCAGAGCGCCGGAGGGGAGCAACGGGAGGAGACGUGACACCCAUGUAUGUUUUCCAACUAUGCAACUGCUUGCCAUGGAUCCAUCAAUGAUGGAUGAUAUUCAAACUAACAACGUUAUUUGCUCUGGCUCUUUAAAUAUUUGUGUAGGAGUUCUUGCAGUUGGAAACCCCCUUAUCUCCAUUAUCCACCUUCUUUAUAAGUCCCAUACAGUAUAUUGGACAUGGAGGCGGGACCUGAUGAGGGAGCAGCGGUGGCUGUGUCUGCCAACGAGACCUCCGAGAUGACCCCCAGUGACACUCCGUCAGGCACACUGACCAGUCAGCAGCUAGCUGCGAUUGAGGAUGAAGAAGUCCUGAAUAAACUGGUGGGUUACUAGCGGUGCGUACUUCACACAGACAUGCAGUAGUUGGGUUGAUUUUGGCCUUCUCAUCUAUUGGUUUCUAUGUGUGUUUAUCUCUGACAGUUGGAUAAAGCAGUGGAUUUUGAUGAAAGGCGAAUGAUCCGCGCUGCAUUGAGGGACCUGCUCAAGAAGAAGAGAGGUAAGAUCAGAGAGAACUUCAACGUGAAAUUUGACAGGAUCACAUCUUUGCUUUCUCACUCUCCCAGCUCUUCUAGUACCUAUCACUACUGACAAUCCUUUCUAAUGUCUACUCGCUGUCCUUCGAAUUUCUAUAUUACUACUCUUUUUCUCCUUCUACUUCUCUCAUCCUCUCUAAAGAGAAGCGUGAGAAAGAGCGGGGGUCAAGGCAAGAUGACCUGAGACAGCAGGCUUUGAGUAAAGCAGGCACAGGACGAAUGGGAAUGAACAGAGGAGGCCAGACCAGCAACCACCAGCAUAAAUCCCACAGUGAGUAUCAUAUCCUCACCAGGACACAUCACACACACACACACACACAUGCGCGCCACUCACAAACACCGACAAACACACACACACACUUCAAGCUUUCAAAUCAAAGUGGAAUUGUGAGAGAUUAACUUUUCCCCUUCUCAAAAUCACUCCCUGCCUCUUUCUUGGUGUCCCCUUCUGUUAAACUACAGUGCACAGCCAAUUUUCUGCAUCAACCACCAGCUCCUUGUCUAAGACAACUGACAGGUGAGUGAGUCUUUGAGCUAACAGUCAGCCAUGCUUCACGUUUGAUUGAUCAAAUUCUGCAUGUCUAUGUCUGUUCAGCGUGGUGAUUCUAAGAAUGUGUUGAAUAACGUGUUCAUCCUCUCUCCCUAGCAUGGCCAACCCAGCUAUCGCAACAGCCCAUCAGUCUUCCCCUGUCGCUGCAGCACCCAACAUGAAAAAUGUCAAGCAGAUGUUACUGGAUUGGUGCAGGGCCAAAACCGAACCAUAUGAGGUAAGCAUCGGACGUCUCUCUGUAAAGGAGUGUACGUUCUCUAAAUGUUGCUAGUCAAAAAGCUGGCCUCAAUCUUAGUUAGGAAAGAUGUCAGCAACUUCAUUUCCAGUUAUGAUGUUUAAUGGCAAAUGAUGUUGAAGUGUGUGGUUUUGUUGCAUGAAUGCACACAUGUACAGAGUGAUUAUUGGUAAGGAAACAACAAAAGGCAAGGUGCGCCAGGGUGAGUGUGUUGAGCACUCAAGAAGUUUGGUCAGGUUCUGACCGGAGGAUAUUUCAAAUGCAUAUGUACUCAUGCACAGAAACAGGUGAGUGAGGUAGCAUCCAGAACGGCAGGGAAUAUUAUACAGCUGCCCCCAAAUACAUAGCCGUAUUUGUAAUUAAAUUAAAAGUCCUCGCAGAGUUCUGGGGGGCUGUACAUGAUUAACUCAACCAACACUGGAGCUGGUCAGGUAUUGCCCAGCUAACAAUUCUAGGGAGAGAGAACAUUUUUGUAAUGUUACCAGUCAUGUUCCCCUAAAGUUUGAGUGUCCAGUUUUCUGUUAGUUAGGGGAACGUUCUAUCUAUGUUAGCAAAAACCUUCUGAGAUCCUUUUUAGCAUGUUUUGUCGUUGAAGUUAGGAGAACAUUUACAAUGUUCUCAGAAUAUACAACAUUAAUGUUCUAGACGCGUUUUAUGGGACCUUGCAAGAACAUGUGUCUAGUUUUCUGAGGGUUAGGAGAAUAUUCCAUCAACGUCACAUCAAACAUACUCAGAACAUGGUUGCCAUGUUCUCAGAAUAUAAGAUAAUAAUGUUCUAGACUAGUUUAAUGGGAAUAUUGCAAGAACAUUUCUGUGUAUCAGUUGUCAGGACAUCACCUGAUGGAACCAAAGAAACGUUCUCCCCCAAGAAGUAACAUGCCUUGUUACUGUUGCUGAGCCAAUCAAGGCCCUGAUUGGUGAACCACUGAUCCAUUCAUAGCUCUUUGUUUGUUGGCAUAUUUAUAAAACACACAGUGUUUUCAAUUGACAUAUUUGACACACAUAAUCACAAUGUGAAUGUUAAUUUAUACAGUAAUUAUUAUUAUAUAAAAGCACUGUGUGAGUAUCCCUAACCUUGCCAACAGACCAAGAGCUAUCAGUGGUUCACCAAUCAGGGCCUAGGGACUAGUGUGUUGACAGCUGAGGCGAAAUCUUAAAACCCCUGGGCGAUGCUGGCAGAGUUCAGGAUAGCCUUUAGUUUCUCACUGGACCAGUUUUCUGUGUUGUACCGUACCUCUGCUAAAGUGCCUGCUUAGACUUGGUAUAUGGUGUUGGGUUUAGCCACAUGGUAGGCGCUGGGAAGCUGUGGGGAUCCAGCAGCACCUGUUAUUUGUAGUCCUUUGUUAGGUGCCUAUGUGGGCCAAGUACACUGUCCAGUCCCUUCAUUAACAUGACAAAGUCACUCUCCUUGCCAGAGCUGAAGAUGGUGAGUUUAGGCUUGGGUAUCCUGUAGAAUGACGCAAUGGCCAUCUCCAUCAUGUGGCAUAGGCUGAGGCUGAGGUACAAAUGGAGGCAAUGGAUACUAUGGUGCUAGCUGCGGACAGUAGGGUGGCACUGCUACUGUGGCACGGGAUAUGGUGCAGGAGCCUGUGGCUGUGGAGCUGGUUGUGGCCCGGGUUGAGGAGCUGGCUGUGGACCGGGUUCAGGAGCUUGUUGUGUCCCGGGUUGAGGAGCAGGUUGUGGCCCAGGGUGAGGAGCUGGCUGUGGCCCGGGUUUUGGCACUGGUUGUGGCCCGGGUUGAGGAGCUGGCUGUGGCCCGGGUUGAGGAGCUGGCUGUGGCCCGGGUUGAGGAGCUUGUUGUGGCCCGGGUUGAGGAGCUGGUUGUGGCCCAGGAUGAGGAGCUGGUUGUGGCCCGGGUUGAGGAGCUGGCUGUGGACCGGGUUGAGGAGCUGGUUGUGGCCCAGGUUGAGGAGCUGGUUUUGGCCCGGAUUGAGGAGCUUGUUGUGGCCCUGGUUGAGGAGCAGGUUGUGGCCCGAGUUGAGGAGCUGGUUGUGGCCCAGGUUGAGGAGCUGGCUGUGGACCGGGUUGAGGAGCUGGUUGUGGCCCGAGUUGAGGAGCUGGUUGUGGCCCAGGUUGAGGAGCUGGCUGUGGACCGGGUUGAGGAGCUGGUUGUGGCCCGAGUUGAGGAGCUGGUUGUGGCCCGGGUUGAGGAGCUGGUUGUGGCCCAGGUUGAGGAGCAGGUUGUGGCCCGGGUUGAGGAGCUGGCUGUGGCCCGGGUUGUGGCACUGGUUGUGGCCCGGGUUGAGGAGCUGGUUGUGGCCCGGGUUGAGGAGCUUGUUGUGGCCCGGGUUGAGGAGCUGGUUGUGGCCCGGAUUGAGGAGCUGGUUGUGGCCCGGGUUGAGCAGCUGGUUGUGGCCCGGGUUGAGGAGCUGGUUGUGGCCCGGGUUGAGGAGCUGGUUGUGGCCCGGGUUGAGGAGCUGGUUGUGGCCCGGGUUGAGGAGCUGGCUGUGGCCCGGGUUGAGGAGCUGGUUGUGGCCCGGGUUGAGCAGCUGGUUGUGGCCCAGGUUGUGGAGCUGGCUGUGGCCCGGGCUGAGGUGAUUUGGCAGGCUGCGCUGGAUCUAGUGGCUGUGGCCCAGGAUGUGGAGGUCUCUGGGCAGGCUGAGCUGGACCUAGACCUGGCGGUGGCCCAAUCGGUGAUGCUGGCUGGAAUGGCUGGGGCCCGGGCUGAGGAGCUGGAACCAGCUGUGUCAGUUCAACUUGAGUAGUUCUCACUAGGGAGUGAAUUGGGCUGACUUCCGGUAUUAGUGUUUGAUGGGGAUAGGCUCCAUGUGAGGGAAGCUGUUGUAUUGCGAGAUGUAGGAGGGGUAUUGGUAUGGGCUGUUGAUAUAAGGAUACGUGUUGUUGUGGGGGUAGGGCGCUCGUGCUGCGUUGCCCAUAACAACUGAGAGUUCCUUCAUCUGCUUGCUCAUGUCCAUAACACAUGCCUCCAUGCGUCACCAUCUCUCGUCCUCAUGUUCUCUCUCCUGGACGUGGGGAGUUGAAUCGUUGACGCAGGUCCCCUGGCUGGUAGUGCUGAGCAAUUGGUGCUUUUUGAGGUCGGUUCAGUUUUAGUUCGAUUAUUAUUUUUUAAUUAAACAUUAAAUGCACUAUGCAUUAUAUGGGUUGAAUGCUGUAACAACACAGAAUAAAACAAUUAAUACAAGUCAGGGCUUGAUCUGAUUUAUCUCUAGAGAGACUGCACAUUGAGCUCACAGAAAAAAACGAACGAAAUGGUAUUCAAAUAAUUGAACCGACAUAGGUCAAUUUGUUGUUUAAAGACUGAAAAAUAACUGAAAUUUCGGUUCAGCACUACUGACUGGGGAGUGAUGCUGCUGUUGUUGUCAUGUAUGAUGGCUCCAUCAUCGCUGGUGGAACGUGGUGAUUAGGAGGGAAGCUCAACACGUAGUCAUCCAGAUGUGUCGGGAUCCACCGGGCCCUGCUGUUUUCCAUCAUAAUAGUCACUGGAGUAUGCCUUUAGCGCAGCUGAUGUACUAAUCCGUCUCUACGGACCACUUGUAAAGGAGUGUAUGUUCACUAAAUGUUGCUAGUCAUACAAAAGCUGCCCUCAAUCUUCGGUAAGAAAGAUGUCAGAAACUCCAGUUCCAGACAGUUAUGAUGUCUAAUGGCAAAUUAUGUUGAAUACUGUUUGUAAGUGUGUGUGUGUGUGGUUUCGUUGUAUGAACGCACACAUGUACAAAGUUAUUAUCAGUAUGGAAACAACAAAAGGCAAGGUGCGCCAGGGGGAAAUGUGUUGAGUCCUCAACAAGUUCAGGCAGGUUCUGACCGGAAGAUAUGCAAAUGUCUGCAUGUGCAUAAACAGGUGAGUGACGUAGCAACCAGAACGGCAGGGAAUAUUGUACACUCUCUAUCUUAUGUCUACAUUAAUGUCCUAUUGUGUCCCCAGCAUACCAAUAAUACUAUAUAAUUGUCUUUGUAAAUCCACACUCUCCCCGCCCUCUUUGUUUUUCUCUUUCUCUGUCCCCUCCUCCCUUACUCCAUGCAGGGGGUGGAAAUCCACAACUUCUCCUCCAGUUGGAGUGAUGGCAUAGCGUUCUGUGCCCUGGUGCACAGGUUCUUCCCAGAUGCAUUUGAGUACUCUAUCCUCAACCCCAACGCACGCAAGGACAACUUUGAGCUGGCCUUCAGCACUGCAGAGUGAGUUCCCUAUAUCUCUUCUAAACAAACAUUGAAACACACAUACAGCCACAGAAACCUACUCUGACAAAAUGCACUUUCUCCUCAUUUAUGCAUAUGAAGGCCCCAAGGGCUGUGCAGUGAUAGAUUAAACUUGACACAAAAACACUUUCAGAUAAAACUCCCCUGUAGUGUCCUCUAGCUCAGCUGCCAGUGGAUCCUGCCUCGGGACAUUGGUUAAGGAUUGUGAUUGCUCAGGCCUGUGUCUCUCUCCUCUCACCUCCUUUCGCUGCAGGAGGCUGGCCGAUUGCCCCCCUCUGCUGGAUGUUGAAGACUUGCUGCGGAUGCAUGAGCCUGACUGGAAGUGUGUGUACACAUACAUCCAGGAGUUAUACCGAUGCCUGGUGGAGAAGGGCCUAGUUAAAACUAAAAAGAAACUCUAAAUACACUGUUUCACAAAAAUAAAUACAUGUUGUGUCCACGUGCCAUGGGGAGGGGAUAUAAGACUAUGCAGUUUGCCGCAGCAGCUUGUAAGCACAUAGCUGGGAUUUUGAUUAACUGUGUGUGCCUGUGGAUAUCUUUGUAUUGGUUUGUGUGUGCUUACACUUAUCUGUGUAUGUUUUUAGAGGACUGCUGGCACUUAGGAUCAAUACAUUCCACUGAGAUUACACAUCUACAUUAAUCUUAGUCAGAGCCAUAGUGAAUCUGUGAAUGGCUUUUUGUGGUGCUGCGGUGCUGUGCCCUGACUACAAUACCUUUUUGUGUGUAGGCUAUGUAUGGGUUACAGAUACUGUACAUGAGGUCAAAUAUAAUGUGAAUGAUGUGAUUUGAUUUGUGAACAUUUAUUUUGUUCUGAUCACAUUUUAGAGUAAGCCUACUACAUUUCUAUUAUGGGGAACCCAUACCAUUUUCAGCCUGACAGAGGAUUGUUCCCCAAUCAUUACUGUACUUGGUAACUGUCAAAAAAUUGCAAAUAUCGCUGAAGUCUAUUCCAUCAAAGUUUACUACACACAAAACUGCAUCUUGGUCCAGGGCAAAUUAAAGGCGGUGGCUCACAGUAAGACUGAUUAAUUAUAGGCUACUUGGGACCACCAUGUGCUCAGUGACAGACUAGAAUCAUACUAUAUAAACACAGAGUUGCAAUACCUUGUUCUGCAUUUUUAUUUUCAUUGUGAAUGGUUUAAAUGUUUUUACCUUCAUUAUUG